AUGGAUGAAGAAAUUUUUAAUGAAAAACGAUCGUGUUUUAUUUGCAAAUCGAGUGAUGAUAGUGUUAUUUCGUUUAAACGAGAGUCGUUUCAUAAAUGUAAACAUUCUUUGCAAAUCCGCCAAUUGUGUAAUUUGAAAUACAAUGAGGCUAGUUUGUCGCAUGAAAUAGAUGACAGAAGCGGAUACCACAUAUCGUGUUAUCGCUCUUUCAACGCUAUUGGAAAAAAACAUAAAGAGCAGUUCGAACGAUUGCAAAUUGAUAAGGAUAAAGAUGCGGAGCCUGGAACUUCUCAGUCAGGAGACAAAGAUGCGAAACCUGGAACUUCUCAGUUUGGAGAUAUUGCGUCAGAAGAAUCUUUUGAUUUUUCAAAUACUGGGUGUGUUCCCGGCGAUUAUGAAGCAGGCACAGAAGUGGACAAUAAUAUGAGCAAAAAGGCUACAAAGGAAGUAACCACAGAAGUACAAGAAGAUAUGGACAAUGAAACUAACGAAGAAGGAAGCACAGAUGGGGUUGAUAACGCAGAUAAUGAAACGACUGAAGAAGUAGGCGUUGAAGGUGAUGAUGAUGCAGCUGCUGAGAAGACGAAAUGCAUAAUUUGCAACAAAGUUACUAAAUACAAAAAUCGAAAAAAAGUUAAAAUGAGUAAAAUGACAGUCAAUGCGAAAGUGGAGGCGUUCAAGAAAAAAAUCACCAUUAUAACACCAUGUGGAGGAAAAACCAUUAUUGCUCCUUAUGACGUUACAACAAUUAGCAACCUUGAUGCACUAAAGAAAGAAGAUACCCUACAACGAGCAGCAAUUCAUCUGAGAAAUGUUAUUUUUCAAAUGAAGAAAAAGACACUUCCAAACAAAGUAGAAACCAAAGAUUUGAUUGCUGGAGAAUGUGAUAUUCCAGAAAUAUUGAAAACAUUUUAUAAAACAGUUUUAGGAGGUUUUAAUUAUCACCAAAGGCAUGCCUCAAAUCUGGAUUUACGCAGUGAAACGUUAUCUUCAGACCUCAUUUAUGCUACAACACGAGGAAGGAUAAAACCUGCCAAACAAAUUGAGCUUGGAAUAGCCCUGAAAAGUCUCACUAACAGUAAGAAAGUUUUGAACAUCAUGAACAAACUGAGACACUGUAUUUCUUAUAGUGUUAUCGAAGAACUGGAAACUGAGGCUGCUUAUACUAGUUUUAACAAAUCAUCGUUAUGCCCAAGUAACAUAAUCAUGAAAAAUGACCUGCAUACAGGCGUUGCAUUCGACAACUUCGACAGAUUUGUUGAAACCACUACGGGGAAGGAAACCCUCCAUGACACGGUCGGGAUAAUUCACCAAAACAUUUGCGAGGACAACAACGAAAGUGUUUUACAAAGUUCUACUGACGGCGAAGCUGCUGGAAAAAAAAGAAGACGAACAUUUGACACCAUAAUUCCAGAAGUAGAGCCUCUUGCAAAAAGAUUAAAGUUCGUUGGACAGCUUCAACGAGUGGACUCCAUCGGUGUUACAGCUGCUCCUGCCAAUUUGAAAGAAUUCAAAAUCAUCGAUGUCACAUGGAUGAUAUCCCAUGCUUUAGACAUCAAAACACCAAUAUAUUGUGACAACUUGUCAAAAGUUGGAGAGACACAUCCAGAGCUGUUGAAGGACUUCCAGGAUGGUUAUUUAGGUAUCAAACGCACGAACAAAAAUUUCUCAAGGCAAGGAGCAGAUUUAGUUGUAGAACAAACUAUCAAUGCAGAUGCUGGCAGAACUUUAACAGGAAUCACUCAUUUCACCAAUUCAAUUAAAGCACGCAUGAGGUGGACUGUCGACUUCGCUCUUAGAUCUGAAGUAUGUUCUCAUUUAUUGAAAACGCUGGGAUUAUCAGGAAUUGAAAGAACAACAAAUGACUUGAAGGAAGACCGCAUAAGGAAAAGCAGAAUGCAGAUGGCCAAUUUCAUAAAUGGACUUAACCUGCGAAUGAAUCCAUUUGAUGAGAGUCUAAAGGAGGAGCUACUGUACAAUAUAUCUACUGGCGAAGCAGCGCCCAAAGACGUCGCAUUAUUUCUUACUUCAAUUGAAUCAAUUGGCAACGAAAUGCGCACAAGUAUGAUCAACGCUUGUAUUGAAGAUGAAGAUGCAUUUCACAAUUACACAAUAAAGAGGGUCAAGAUAAAUAAUUUCGCCUCUGUUGUAAAAAAAAGGAAGAUAGGAAUCGGGGGAAAAGUUACAGAAGUGAAGUUCCAGAAGGAUUUGUUUGGACGACUUUUGGCAAUAUCACUGGAAAAGAAAAUCGAUUUAACAAAGGUCUUAACGUACCCACUGACUCCUGUACCUCUAUCGAUGUGCCAGAUCGAAGGGAUCAUCCACAAAACAGAUAAAUCUGCUUUGACUGCAACACUGGAAUCUAAAGUGCAAGAUCAUGGUGCACCUCAAUUUAUUGAUGUUAAAGUCGUGGAUGGAUUUUUCCUGUUUCACACAAUGAAGCAAGUUCCGGUAACUUUUGGGAAUGUUUCCUUAAAGUAUUUAACCUCUGUGUGUUCUGCUUAUGCUUCUCAAGUACUUGUUGUCUUCGAUCAAUACGUCGAACCAUCGAUAAAAGCAGUAGAACGUAACCGGAGAGAAUGUUUUUCUGCCGACUUCUUCAUUUAUGGAAGUGAACAGGUUCGACCUAGCAAUUUCAGUGCUGAAUUGCGAAAUGACAAAUUCAAGACGGCCUUAGUUAAGUUUCUUAUCGAACAUUGGUCAAGCGACGAUGCAGCAGAGAUCAUAAAACGAAAAGUUUUGUACGUUUCUUUCGACAAGUGCUAUAAAUACGUAGUGGAAGAAGGUCAUGUUGUUAGAACAAUUGAUGAAGAUAUUUCUUGUCCUGCCCAUGAAGAAGCUGACACAAAAAUCAUUUUCCACUUGUGCCAAAUGGGAAAUGACUACAACGUUGAAAUUCAGUGCUCUGACACCGAUGUCCUUGUUAUUAUGCUGGCUAACAUGUGUCACUUGAAAGCGAAUUUGGAAAUUUGGUUGCGUUUCAGUACAGAAACAGCUAGUUCUGACGAAGAAACAGAUGAAGAUGUGGAUGAAGAUGCUUCAUCUGAUGGCAUUGCAGAAACAAAUGUGGAUGCAUUUGACUACAAUGCCGACCUAUCCGAUGACGAACGUGAUGCUUCCUCCAAUGAUGAUGAAGACGAAUUUUGA